UACAUGGCGAAAAUUGGGCGGCGGCAGAAGGGCGAGUGGCACCCGGCCGUGGAGAAGCAGUUUUGGGUGGCGCACCGGCGGAGCUACCAGCUGAUCAAGAAGUGGCGGCGCAUCGACAUGCGCGGAUCGUGGUGGCGCUUCUUCCCCUUCCUCGUCGUGUACCGAGGUUUCAACGGACAGAAGACCGUCGGGGUGAAGGAGAGCUACCCGUGGGCGUACCAGCAGUGGCUGGACUCGCUGCUGCGGCUGCCGGCAGUGCGGCAGCGGCGCUUCCUGGCGUUCCGCCACGCCACCUCGCCCAUCACCAACGCCCUCGGCGCCCUCGUCUUCCUCGGCACGCCCUUCUACAUCAAAAAGUGGCAGCGCAACGGGCUGCUGUGGUUUGCGCUGUCGCUGCUCUUCUCAGUGGCGCUGAUGUAUGUCUUCAUCAUCGCCUACACGUCCUUCAUCCAGUUUAUCGUUCUGCUCAUCGCCGGCCGGCUUCAAGACUUCUACACCCAGUCCGGCCCGCAUUUUCUCAUUGCAACAUCAGUCAUGCUGCUGGUGCUGAUCAAGCAGAUCAUGGAUGCGGUGGGCAACACAGUGUUUUACAGCGGCAAUCUGUACCACAACCCGGCCUUUGAUUGGUCGCCUGCCAUGUCAGCGCUCGUUAUCCACGCUGGCAAGCUAGACGAGGCCAGUCUAGCUCUAUCCAUGGAGCCAAUCACGCGAGCCUACGUCUUCCCCCACCUGACAAAACUCCUGAAGCAGACCCCCUGGGCGCCCUUCCCCAAGCCCCCAACCCGCUACGCACGCCAGGUGGACUGGUGGGCGUUCCUAUUCCACUGCGCCAUCAUCCUCGUGUGGGACACACUCUUCUUCCUCCCGGCCGCCAUCAUGUCUGUCUGCUCGCACAUCAUCGCGCCCAUCGUCACGGGGACGAUUCAGAAGAUGGUGGUGACGAUCAGCUUCGGGCUGUCGGCCGGGGAUUUGAACCACGCGUAUAUUUAUGUGGAUGAGCAUCUGGAUUUGGACCUGGCCUCGCAACAAGUCGACCAAUGGAAUGUGCAGAAACUGCUGGCAGAGGCGAAGACCAAGUCACUCAAGGGAGAGUUGAUGCCCGGCUAUGAGGACGACACAGUGGAGCAACCCGAGUGGCUGGAACCCGUGUCACACUCCCCCCACCCCCACGUCUCGCGCUCUCCUCUCCGCUCUCCCCGCACUGCUGCUGCUGCUACAUCAGUGGAGGUGAAUCAGAGCAAGGACGGGGUUCACAAGCGCAAGGGGUUUGGGGAUGUGGUGGAAAUGCGUCUUGCAGGGACUACUGGCGAGUCCGCUCACAAGCCACCUCGAAAGGGGUUUCGGAGCGUGGUGGAGAGGCGAAUGGCAGGGAGAAUUGGCACCAAGGCAGGAGGGGAGGAACAAGGCCGUCUCACUACCCCGCCUGCUAUGGAAGGAGCAGCAGCGGUGGAGGAAAUCGGGGAGGGGGGUGUGAAUGACGCAGACGGAGCAGGUAUGGUGGAAGAUGCUGCUACUGCUGCUGCUGGUUUAUCCAGUAGUGCUUCCGGUGGUUCUGACGCCGCCGCUUCAAGCCCAGGGCUAGCUGCUUCCUCUGACACACAGCAGCACCCAAGCAGUCAAAAGGAGAGAAUGGUACCUGUGCCUGAAGCACCAGAGGACAGUGGCAGAGAGAAGCUAGUGUACGAGUUCCUGUGGGACGAUCAAGAGCUGGCGAUAAUAGCGGAGCAGUCGCAGACCUUCCAGCGGCUCAAGUCCCAAAUGAACAAAAUCGGGCGCAACCCGCGGCUGAGCGAGCGCGAGUUUGAGCGGCAGUUGCAGCAGCUGUGCGUGAUGAUUGAGGAGCGAAUGGGAGAGCUGACUGGCAAGUUCGAUCUCAACCAUGGAGCAUACUUCCGUGAUCCUCGUAUCCUGCGUGUGAUUGCACACUUCAUCGAGAAAAGGGAGCUUCCGGAGUGGUCGAAAGACAUGGAUGGGGAUAUCUGGCGUUGGAACGAGAAUCUGGCCAAGAUUCAAUCCCAGCAGCUGCGGCAGAUGGCGACUGGGAGCAGCUCGGGGGGAGCGGGAGAGGGAGAAGGGAAGGAAGGAGGGGAGGGAGAGGGAAAGAGCCGAACUGCGAGGCUGAAGUCGAUGCUGAAGAAUAUGCGCGGGGGGAGUUACAGGGAAGGGGGUGGGGCGACCAGGCCCAGAGCGGUGAACUUGGCGGAUAUAAAGUCGGGUGGUUUUGGAAGGAUGCUGCGGCAGCAGGAGCAGCAGCGGCGGCGGCAACAGUGGGCAGCCGAUUCGCUGGGAGGGGUUGAUGCGCAGAGGGGAAAGAGCGGUGAUGGGCAGAGGGGAAAGAGCGGUGAUGGGCAGAGGGGAAAGAGCAGUGAUGGGCAGAGGGGGUUGAGCGGUGAGCAGAGGGGGAUGAGUGGUGGUGAGCAGAGGUGUGCUAUCUCAAGUAGCCCUCUCAGCGCCAUGGCUCGUAAGCGCAAGAGCGCCGCUGAAGCCGCCAACGUGACCCCGCGGGAUCUCAAUGAGAUCCCGCAUAUUGCUUGGUUGCACAAGCAGCUGUCCUCUGGGCGCAAGCCGACCGGCCCGCAGCCAGUGAACACUCCUUCGCGUGGCGACACCUCUUACCAGGUCCCCCGUGACGUCCCGACGCGCGGGCGCCGUAACGCCGACCGUGUGGCUUCUUCGCGCAGUCUCGAGGCUACCACGUACGACGAGGACGAGGACGAUGCAGACUACAACGAGGAGGCAUACGGCACGGACGACGACGCGGACUCCGGAGAAGAGCCUGACAAGGGCAUGUCCGACUCCGACGCGGAGAGCGACGACGACGACGCACCGGAAGAAUCGCAGCCCGCAACUCCGCCUGUUCGCCGCGGUCAUGGUAAGGCGGCACAGGGGGACAAGAGCGCCGUCAAGGGAGGGGAGCCACCUCGACGCGCGCCAAAGACCCGGGAGCCCAUGCCGGUGAAGCGCAGUGUGUGGUCGCCCACGGAGAGCACGAUUCUCGUGGCCGCCCGCUGGUUCAUGAAGGAUGAGCUGGAGCCGCUUCUGGGGAAGCAGGGAUCCCAGUAUUGGGCCCGCCUCGUGCGCCACAUCGAGACCGAGAAUACCGGAUGGGUCCGCGGCGUCAACGCCGUGCAGAAACGGUGGCACAACCUCGUCCAAAUGUACAAGCAGCUGCAGAAGGCGGACAAGGCGUCCGGCAACGGGGUGGUGUGUAAGCCGCCAUGGUGGCCGUACAUGGUGUUAUUUCAGAAUAACCGUGCAGUCGCGGCGCCGCACGCCGUCGCCGCCGGUGGUGCCACACACGUGAAUGUGCCAUGCGGUUUCGCGGUGCCGUCGACGUCCGCGCCAUGCACCUCAACGCCCACGUUCACGGCGGAGACGGCUACCAUGGCCGCGGCAAAACUUGUCUCCGACACCAUCAAGGAUUGCCACGCGGAUGCGAUGGCAAAGCUGGAGGGGCUCGUCCGCGCCUGGAUGCAGCAGGACGCCGAGAUUGCUCGCGCCCGCAACCAGUCGCCAGCCCCUCCGCCACCAACCGUCAACGGAGCCCCUGGUGCCGCCACACAGCCCGCAGCGGCCGCCGCCGAAGGCGACGACGGAGUCUGGUUCCGCCGCGGUGAUCACGGCGGUGGCGAAGCUACUCCGGACGAGGCCGAGGAAGUGUGGGUUCGCGGCGACGUCGUGUAA